UCUCCCCGCAGGCAGCAGCUGCAGGCAACAGAAGCCGCUCCGAAUGCAAGAUCGAAUUUUUAACAGGAACAAAUUCGAGACAGCAGAAAAACCUUCCCACUGAUUGAUCCUUGACCAAAAGGGAUGAAGGCUAUCCAGGAAAGGUAGAAGAAAUAGAUCGAGAUUCAGAUGGAGAGCUUACUGAUCCCGAGGACUUGCCCUCCUCUUCACCUUCUGCCACGGAUCGGCAGAAGCAGAAGCAGAAUCAGAAACAGCAGCGGAGGCGGAAGCAGAGCAAGAACAAUAGCAACGGCAAGGACGAUUACGAGCACGGCGCCUGCGUGGCUGGCCGCUGCCGUCCUCUUCGCCUCCCUCGCCGCGCCAUCUCCGGCGCUCGACCCGCGGUACGACGUGCCGCAGACGCUUUCCGGGGAGGACAAGCAGGGGGCGAGGAUACAGCGGCCGAAGUCGAGGCUAGCGGAAAGAUGCGUGGGCAAGUGCGUCACCACCUGCAUUCUCGGCGGCGCCGGUUCGCCUGGCGCCGAAGGACCGCUCAAUGUGAGAAGGCCUCUUGUUGUCUUCAAGAACGGAUUUCGCAGUCGUCAGUACUGUUUACUGGAGUGCUCCGAUAUCUGUAACUUGAUCAAGGACGGAGAAGAUGGCCCCUGAUGCUUUCCGGCCAGAAACAUAUUAGGAGAAGAGGAAGAGUUUUUUGUUUCCCUGAUCAUCAAUCCUCAACUCUUGUUCAAGCGCCAAAAGGAUUUCGAAGAUGAUGAAAGCAAGAAUACAGCCAGUUGUAAAUUGUUAUAUUUUCGAUGUUUAUCCCAUUAAUCACACGAGAAUUAACGAGCACUAUCGCCGCUGUUGCUCGCCAAAACUCGGCCUUUGCAGCGCCCAGUCGCUGCCGAUGAGAAUGUAUCCAGUGAUAGCAAAUAUAAAUCUUGGAAAUAUUCACUGUUUUAAUUUGA